UUGAUCUAGCGGAUAGAUUUUCAAACAAAUCGGCAAUUUAUUUACAGAACAAGGAGGAGGAGGAGGAGGAGGGAAUCGACGAACUUUGGUUUUUUUUUUUUUUUUUUAUCUUGCUUUACUGAUGUAAAAAUGCUGAGAACUAGUAGUCUCGUCCCUUCAUUUUUUUUUUAAUUUGAUUUCUCAAUGCUCUAAAUAUUGAAUUUUAUUUGCAGACUGAUUCAACAGAAAGAAGAAAUAAAGAUGACUGUUGUAGAAGCUAUUACCUCUGCUAUUCUUCAGCCUUUGUUCGAAAAGUUGGCUUCUGCUAGUUUUCUUAAGUUUGCUAGCAAAAAGGAAAAGGAAAUUGACGGUGAACUUAAGAAAUGGGAAUUAAGGUUGUUGGAGAUUCGCGCGGUUCUGACUGAUGCCGAAGAGAAACAAAUAACUAACCAGGCCGUCAAAUUAUGGCUUAACAAUCUCCGAAAUUUGGCAUAUGAUGUCCAGGAUGUCUUGGAAGAGUUUGAAAAUGAAGCUUGGUCUCAAACUUACAGCUACAAGAGGGGGAAGAGUAAAUUAGGCAAGAAUCUGGUCCCAACUUGUUUUUCUGCUGGUAUUGGCAAGAUGGGGUGGUCCAAGCUAGAGGAGAUCACUUCGAGAUUACAAGAGAUUGUUGCAGAAAAGGAUCUCUUGGACUUGAGCGAGUGGAGUUUGAGUAGAUUCAAUGAAAGACUGCCCACAACGUCGUUGAUGGAAGAAAAACCACGUGUCUAUGGGAGGGGAAAGGAUAAGGAGGUUCUGGUUGAAUUGUUGAUGAGAGGUGGUGAAGCAGCAAAUGGGUCGCCGUUCUCUGUGAUUUCAAUUAUUGGUUUUGGAGGUGUCGGCAAAACAACUCUUGUGCAGCUAGUGUAUAAUGACGAGAGUGUGGAAUUUGAUUAUAAAGCAUGGGCUUGUGUUUCUGAUGAUUUUGAUGUGCUUAGGAUAACCAAAACAAUUUUAAGUUUUGAUAGUUCUGCUUCGGGAUGUGAUUUAAAUUUGCUUCAAGUGCAGCUGAAGGAGAAGCUGUCUGGCAAGAAGUUUCUGAUUGUUUUAGAUGAUGUUUGGAGUGAGAACUACGAGGAAUGGACUGCUCUUUGUAGCCCAUUUGCCAGCGGGGCACGAGGAAGCAAAGUUAUUAUCACCACUCGUAACGAAGGAGUCUCAUUACUGACGGGUUCAAUUUAUGCUUAUGCACUGAAGGAGCUGUCGGAUGAUGAUUGUCUGUUGCUAUUUGCCAAACAUGCUUUAGAUGCAAGUAAUUUUGAUGAUUAUCCAGAUUUGAAAGAAAUAGGCGAAGAGAUAGUUAAAAGGUGCAGGGGAUUACCUUUGGCAGCAAAGACGCUUGGAGGCCUACUGCGUGGUAAACGGAAUUUCAAGGAGUGGAAGGCUGUAUUGAAUAGCAAAAUGUGGGAUUUACCGGAAGACAAUAGUGGGAUCCUUCCAGCUCUGAGAUUGAGCUACCAUCACCUUCCUUCUCAUUUAAAGCAGUGCUUUGCAUAUUGCGCAAUUUUUCCAAAGGACUACGAAUUUGACAAGAAUGAAUUGGUUUCGUUGUGGAUGGCAGAGGGUUUUCUGCAGCAACCAAAGGAAAAGAAACAGAUGAAAGACAUAGGCAAGGAAUACUUUCAUGAUUUAUUAUCAAGAUCCUUCUUUCAGCAGUCCAGUGCCAACAAUGUCCGGUAUGUUAUGCAUGACCUAAUAAGUGAACUAGCUCAGUUUGUUAGCGGAGAAGUAUGCUUUCAUUUGGGUGAUAAGCUUGAGGAUUCACCAUCGCAUGCAAAGGUUCGCCAUUCAUCAUUCACUCGUCACCGUUAUGAUGUCUCCCAAAGGUUUGAAGUCUUUUAUGAGAUGAAGAGUUUACGAACUUUCUUACCAUUGCCAAUUUUUUCACCACCAUAUAACCACUUGACCAGUAAGGUGUUGCAUGACUUGGUUCCAAACUUAAAACGUUUGGCUGUGCUAUCUCUAGCUGGUUAUUGUUUAGUAGAGCUGCCAAGUUCUAUUUGUGCAUUAAAGCAUUUACGGUACCUUAACUUGUCUUAUACUGAAAUUGAAGUGUUACCUGAAUCACUAUGUGAAUUAUUUCGGCUGCAGACGCUGGGAUUGAGGGGUUGCAAGAAACUUAUUAAGUUACCUAUAGGCAUUGACAAUCUAAUUGACUUGCAGUACCUUGACAUUAGCGGCACAGAUAGUUUGCAAGAGAUGCCACCUCAGAUAGGUAAUUUGACAAACCUCCAUACCUUGCCAAAGUUUAUCAUGGGAAAAGGGCUUGGGAUAAAAGAGUUGAUGAAACUUUCCCAUCUUCAAGGACAACUUAAUAUCACAGGGCUGCAUAAUGUGGUGGAUGUUCAAGACACGGAGCUUGCCAUUCUAAAGGAGAAGAGGGGCCUUAGUGAAUUAUCCUUGGAAUGGAUUCAUAAUGUCAAUGGUUUUCAAAGUGAAGCAAGGGAAUUGCAGCUCCUCAACCUUCUAGAACCUCAUCAAACUCUACAAAAGCUUUCAAUUAUGUCAUAUGGUGGCACAACAUUCCCAUCAUGGUUAGGGGAUCACUCAUUCACUAAUAUGGUGUGCCUACAACUUCGUGGAUGCCAUAAAAUCACAUCAUUACCAUCACUAGGACAACUACCUUUACUUAGAGAUUUGAGCAUAAAAGGCAUGGAUAAGGUAACGACAGUUGGUGCUGAGUUUUUGGGGGUUGGUUCUUCUGUCAAGGCUUUUCCAUCUCUGGAGGGUCUAAUAAUUGAGGAUAUGUUGAAUUGGAAGCAAUGGUCCUGGUCUAAUGGAUUCAACCAAGAGGAAGUUGGAGAAUUUCCUUAUCUACGCGAGCUUACAAUAAUAAAUUGUCCCAUGUUGGCUGGGAAGUUGCCAAGUCACCUUCCAUCUGUGAAAAAACUUUCUAUUUGCAAUUGCCCACAGUUAGUAGCCUUACCUGAAAUACUUCCAUGUCUUUGUGAAUUGAUUGUUGAAGGGUGUAACGAGGCAAUUCUAAACCAUAAGUCUUUGCCCUCCCUUACUACUUUAAAAGUUGGGAGCAUUACUGGCUUUUUUGGUUUACGUAGUGGUUUUUUACAAGCCUUGGUGGCACUUCAAGAUCUGGAAAUUGAAAACUGCAAUGAUUUGAUGUACCUGUGGCUAGAUGGAACUGAUUUACAUGAACUUGCAAGUAUGAAGCAUUUAGAGAUCAAGAAGUUCGAGCAGCUUGUGUCAUUAGUUGAGCUUGAGAAAUUUGGUGACCUGGAACAACUGCCAAGUGGGUUGCAGUUCCUUGGUUCACUCAGAAAUUUGAAAGUUGAUCAUUGCCCAAAACUAGUGUCCUUUCCAGGAGGUUUGCCAUACACUCUCCAACAUCUUGAGAUUUCACGGUGUGAUUCGCUGAAGUCAUUGCCUGAUGGGAUGGUGCUAACGAUGAAUGGCUGUAAGAGCAGCCAGUGCCUUCUUGAAGAGUUGCUAAUUAGUUGGUGUCCAUCUCUCAAGUCCAUUCCAAGAGGAAUGUUGCCCAUCACACUGAAGUCACUGGCAAUUUCAUGGUGCAAAAAUCUCGAGAAUCUACAUGGGGGAAUUGUGUAUGAUGGCGGUGAUAGAAGGGAGUUGUCUCGUCUUGAGCAUUUGACCAUAGAAGGUCUACCUCUCUUGCCCUUCCCAGCUUUUGAAUUUCCUGGGUCUCUUAAGACGCUUGAAAUUGGCUAUUGCACAACGCAGUCACUAGAGUCCUUAUGUGACCUAUCCCAUCUCACUGAGCUGGAAAUAAGUGGGUGUUCUAUGUUAGAAUCAUUCCCAGAAAUGGGAUUGAUCACUCCAAAUCUUAUUUCUUUAAGCAUAUGGAAAUGUGAGAAUUUGAGGUCUCUACCCGAUCAUAUGGACUGCCUAGUUUCUCUUCAAGAGUUGAGUGUAUAUCAUUGUCACAGUCUUGUUUCUUUUUCAAAAGGGGGUUUGCCUCCUAACUUAAUUGAAUUUGAGAUCCAUUAUUGUGAGAAUGUCACAGAGUCAAUGUUAGACUGGGGACUCUACACACUCAUCUUUCUUAAACGACUUGUAAUUGAAUGCACAAGUCCUUGUACAAAUAUGGUUUCCUUUCCCGAUGAUGAGGGUCAACUUCUUCCCACUUCACUAACCUCUCUUUACAUCUUGAGUCUCAAGGGUCUGAAGUCCAUAUCAAAGGGCCUCAAACGUCUCAUGUCUCUUGAAAUUUUAAUGAUUUCAGACUGCCCUAAACUCUGUUUCUUGCCUAAGGAAGGCUUCCCUGCUACGCUUGGGUCCCUGCAUAUUGAAUUUUGCCCCCUUCUGAAAAAACAAUGCUCAAGAAAGAAUGGACGUUAUUGGUCCAUGAUUGCCUUCAUUCCCUAUGUAAUACUGGAUGUUCGUUUUCUAUAAAUGAAGUCCGGAUAGAAUUUUGCAAUCCAGUAACCAUGAUGGUGGUAGAACCUGCAGAUUGUUACUAGUUUCUGCUGAUUGAAAGUGAACAAGAGAAUCAGGGUUCCAGUGGAAGUUGAAAUCCACGGGUCUCAUUCCUGCCCAAUUGCUUGCUUUACAAAAGAUGAAGUGAAUGGUGAGACAGUCCAAUAUGGUGGAGGUGAGGAGAUGCUGCCGAUUGCUUUUGAAGUAGUUUAAGCUGUUGUCAAUGAACCAGGAGCAGAUAAAGUUGGAAUAAGGCUAUGUCCCUAAGCAAACUACACGGACAAGGAAUUCUCUACACCGUAUGAUUGAGUCAUUGCAUGAAGACAGUGGAAGGGAAAUAUGGGACACCAUGGUCUUCUACCCAUUAGAUGGGAUGUAUUUAUACAGUUGCUUGGGGUAUGACUGAUGAGGACGCUGGGAAUAUAGCUGUGCUAGAGAACUGUGCAGAACUUGUCAAUUAUAUUUUGCUUGCCUGUAAAUCCAGACAAUGUCAAGGAGAUACAAGUUUGAUGCUCCUCGCAACAAGUACAAUAAAGGGAAAUCUAACUGCAUGACCGUGUCAUAACAGUGAUGAUCCAUUUUAUUCAUUCUCUUAAUGCUUCUCGACUUGUUGGAAACACUACUUAAGACUCAGAAGGCUUUUGGGUUUUGGGUGCUUUGGAGAUUUCAUUAUCCUAGUGUCUUCCUUCCAAGGAAGUUGUUGCAGAGGCUAGGUGUGGAGAUUGAUUUUUUUGGAUUUAACAUUCAAUCAGUUCUUCUCUCUUCCCACCAUUCCCUUUCCAUUUGGAUGUUGCUAGGUGACAAUUAUGAAGAGACAUAUGAAGAGGUAUCUACCACGGAAGUUACUGACCAAGGCUCGAACAAUGUGGACAACAGAGUUGGAAUUCCCUUUACCAGAGACAUUUUAUUAGGUUUACCAAUAAUAAAGUUGUCUAUUCGAUCACAUCUACGAUGAAAUUAUCAUUCGAAGAAAUAUUAUUUCAAUGGAGUCAACUUCAUAAGCAUCUUGAAUAUAUGAAUAUGGUAGCAGCUUGGUGGAGAAAGUUUAAGGAAAAAAUUUACUGGGAAGAUAGCAAUGAGAUGUUGGUCAAGAAAAUAUGAGAAAACCAUAGUGUAACUGGGUUAUGUGAUUUGUGGUGUGAUAUCCACAAACAAGUAAUUACACUACCAGAAAACCGGAGGAAACCAACAUAAUUUUUCUGUCGGUAAUAAUUACCGACGGAAAUAAUUCCGUCUCAAAAUCUGUCAGUAUAUACCGACGACCUAGAUUAGUCGGAGAAACAGUCGGUAUAUACCGAUGGAAUAUUUUCGUCGGUAUAUACCGACUAUUUCUCCGAUAGAGUAUACAGUUUGUCUGGAAAGAUGCAACGGCGUGGUGACGUGGAGUUUUUUCAGACGAUUUUACCGAUGGAAUGACCAAGGGAUUCAAACUGAGAUAGCCGUACAGUGACGUGGCACUGUCACCGACAGAAUCACCGACGGAUUCAUUUCGUCGGUGAUUUCAUCGGAAAAAACCAUUACAUACCCACCCCAUCUGCCGACACUCUCUUCCUCUGUUUUUUCUUCUUCUUUCUCAUCCCACCUCUCCUCUUUCAAAUUACAGCCAACCACCCAUCCCAACUCCACUAUUCUCAACACAAGCACUCGACUUUCUUAUAUCUUGUACGUGGUCACAAUAUCCGUUUCUUGUGGAUUUUAUCAUUUUUUUUUUGUUCAAUAGAAGUCAUGGAUGAUCGUUCAUGGAUGUAUCAGGACUCACCCCAAGGAUUGCGGAUGAUGGAUUAUUGUAACGGUGUCCAGGGUUUUAUUAAUUUCACAACAUCUAUUCCAAGGAAUUUUAGUGAUGGCGGUAUUAGGUGUCCAUGCAGGAAGUUUUAAAAUUUAAAGUUUCUGCAUCAAGAUGUUGUAACGAUGCAUCUUCUAACCAAAGGGUUCAUGGAGGAUUACCUGAGUUGGUAUGCUUACGAAGAACUAUUUGUUCCUAAUGAGAGUAUGGAAGAACAUGUGUUUGAGUCAACUUUUAGUGCUAGCAACAUGCAUGAAGUUGGAAAUGAGAACAGUAAUCCUUACAGGAAUAUGAUUAUGGAUGUAAUGAGAAUGAAUGAAGGUAAUGUCAGGGAAUGUCCAAUCGUAGAAGAAGAACUUAAUGCAGAUGCAACAAACAUUUGUACCUUUCCAACAAUAUAUGGGCUCUCUAAUUCACACGGUUGAGAGAGAACGAUAUAUUUGAAGUUGGGUUUGAAAUCAAAAUUCGGGUUAUAAAUUCCAA